AGGGGGGUUGUGUGUGCACUUUCUCUUUGUCUUGGAGAGGUGUGUAGGUUGAGCAUGAUUUGACCGAAAGAAAGAGAAAAAAAAGAAAGAAAGUGACUUCAGAGGAAAUAACUGAAAAGAGCUGCAUAUCUUUCUCUAUCUGGAUUUUUUCAACACUUUUAAAGGAGGAAGUGUCAUUGAUUCAACAUUUUUCAAGAACAUGUUGGACGUGGAAACCAAUCACUGAUAUCACUGAGCUCUGAUGCUCACUUGAGACUUGCAGGGAUUUCAUUGAGGACAAGUCAACAGUCGUGAAAAGAUUUUCUCCAGGAAAAAGUCUUGCUUUACUUUUCACUGUCUCUUGGGAAUUUAACAGCUGGAUCAGUCUGAAUGAUUUUUAAGUUGACUUUUAAAAAAAUAUUACAGUAUAUUUCACCAAGAGAGUUAACAUUUCUGGUUAUUCUAUGGAAAUUGAAUGUUUUUUUUUAACCAAUUUGCCACAGUGCUUUUUAUUUGCCAGUGAAUGUGCCAUAGAUGGUGCCAACUGUUGAGAUGCACUGCUAAAUAUUUUAUCUGAUUCUCAAAGGAUUCAAUCCAUCAAAAUUGAUCAUUUCCAGCUUCUACUUCUUCGUCCAAGGGGAGAAGGAAAAUCAUUCAAAUCCUUUUGUAAAAACCUUCAAAAUAUCCUCCUUAUUACCAGCUAUUUUUAGUCUUACAACAUAAACCAGUAAAGGGGCAAGAAAGAGAGAUGGCACAGAAAGAAGGAGUAAAGGAGCAGGGGCGUGUUAAGACCGGAGACAAUCUUGGGGCCAAAGCCAUUGCUGGGGCCCCUACAGCAGGUGGAGGAGUGGUGGUGGAGGUCAGGGAGAAGAAGGGACCUCUGCGGGCUGCGAUACCCACAAUGCCCUUCCCUUUGGCUGUCAUUUGUCUGUUUCUGAACACCUUCAUACCUGGACUAGGUACUUUCAUCUCAGCGUUCACGGUGCUGUGUGGAGCUCGCAGCGAGCUGAUCUCUGAGCGAGGUGUUUGUUGUGUGUUCUGGCUCAAUGUGGCAGCAGCCUUCAUCCAGAUACUGACAGCUGUUAUCAUGGUUGGAUGGAUCAUGAGCAUCUUCUGGGGAAUGGACAUGGUCAUCCUAGCAAUUUCUGAUGGCUACAGAGACCAGGGUCUUCCUCAGGAUGUCUGAGAGAGGUCGCUCUCAUGUUUGCUGAUGGAUCCCACAGACAGUUUGAUCUCUUUAACCUCCCUGAUGCCUGAUGGUGAUCUUUACCUUUGUCAUGACAUGUAGCUGUCUGUCUUUUAAAUGCCGGGACACGGAGAGAAGCAGAGACGUUAAAAUAAAUUUGCCACGUUGGAAAAAACAGAAGGAAAGAAUCAGCUGACUGCUUCUGAUUGCACGAUGCGGAUUGGUCGAGGCCACUUUACUUUUAUGUUAAAGGAACAGGAUGAGGGAAAAGAGACUAAAACUGUACAGUCGCAAAAAAAACAAUGUGUUUGUAUUUUGUUGCAUAGUUAUGAUAGUGAUAGUUUUGAACUUUUUUUUCCUGAUAUGUUUUAUUUGAUCUAUUUGACAAAAAACAAAUCUGUACAAAUUUGUUACUGGAAGUAAAAAAUGAUGGUGAUUUUCCUCUCUGACAAUCAUUAAGCAGAGAAUUAUUCAACCCAUAAAUGUGGAGCAAAUAUGUUUUCCACUAAAGCAUGCAAAAUAGAUUUAAAUGGCUCUGAUACUUGACAUUGAGAGCAGUGACUUUAAAUAAUAACUUGAUAAAGAUGAAUGAGUAAUUUGCAACCAAUUGAUCUGCCUAUGUCACUGUAGCUACAGUAUUUUACUUUUCAGGCAAUGUUUUACUGUGAUAGCAAACACAUCUUUAACACGCUGAAUCUCACUGCCGGUCACAAGAUAUGUGUAAAAUUACAAGGCUGUGUGGGGAAUGAUUCAUGCCUCCUGGUAAUUAUUUGAUCUGAAUUUUCGUACCUCUUAAAUCAGUGUCAGGGUGGGAUAUUACAUGCUGUAAGAACAUUGUGCCUAAUUAACAAUAUGGUACUCUGGGGGACAAACGUCACAUACCUUUGCUGUCACAUUAUGAUAAAUAUACAGUGACAGUGAUGUAAAUUGAGUUUGCGACUGGGAUCCUUUGUUGGAACAGGUAUUUUUUUACUUGUUUGAUAAGGACCAUACAUCCAGUUUGAAUCAAAAGCUGAUAAGAUGAAUAUAACAAAACAGGACACUUUUAGGUUGUUGAAUUCUCUGUUUUUUUUUGUAUACAUUGUGUAUACUGUAUAUUAAUGUGUGGGUGUGAUAUAUUGAAAAUGGAGAUUGGAGAAUAUAUGGUAAGGCCUGACUCAGUACAACUUUGUAGGCAGGUUUGUAGGUCUCAAAUAAUGAUGGAAAAGGCUAUCAUGUACAAAAGUCAAUCAAAAAGUUAGAAUAGUAAACACAACUUGCCUUGGAGGAAUCGAUCCAAACAAAGCCUUUCCCAUGGUACCGCAUCCGCUUUCUCACACACUGCAUCACUGGCUCACUUCCCUGAAAAAUAUCCAAGAGUACCAAAAGUCAAACAGCCUUAAACUAAAAGAAUUAAACCAGCUAGUCUCAGGCGUAACACUAAUGAAAACUGGUGCACUACAUCAAAAUCAUCGCGAGUGGGCUUGAAGGAAGCUCUGAACAAACUGAAUGGGCUCCAAUUGGGAAUAUUUGACAAAAAUAGAAGAAACACACCUCAAAAACUAAAAUACAGAGUAUUAUCUUUCCUGUAAAAGGACAGAUUCAACACAUUUCAUGCAGAAACUCAUGAAAAAAAAGUGGAGAUACAUGUAUAUAUUAUUUUUGGUGUGUGUCUAUAGAAAUCAAAUAACAUGCAUAAUUUACAAUGUUCUUAAUUUCAUUUUCUAUGUGUGAUUUACAGUAUCUCUUCGUUUUAUUUGUUACUCUCUGUGUAGGUUUUAAUUAUCUUCAAUAUCUUAGCCAAAUGCCU